AGAUGCACCCGCCUCACUCUUUUUUCAACUGCCUCAGGAUAUCCGGAGCUUUACACUUAGCACGGCCUUCGGCGCGCGUACCCUGCAUAUCGACAUCAAACGGCAUGACGAGGGUUGGAAAUGGAGAGGCGCUGUUUGUUACAGAAACAUGCCAGAGCUGCCACCCGCGCCAUACGGUUGGCUUGGUCCUUGGAGCGAUCCAUGUAUGAAUAUCGUUCAUGAGCAGAAUGGAAAACUCUCGAAGGGGUAUAACAUUGGCAUAAUGGGGUUUCUGUUGUCAUGCAAACAGGCCUACGCCGAAGGCAUGCAUGUUCUGUUCUCUGAGAACUGUAUCAACAUCCAAAGCGAGUCCCUGCUCCUUCACCUUCCGCAGCUCAUCACGUUCAAUCGGCUCGCAUCGAUCACUUCCCUCGAGGUUGUCAUCACGGCACAUCGUGUACAGAAGGAAGAUGAGAAGGCAUACUUCAACUGGGAUCACCUAAAACCCAUCCUAGACAAUAUUUCCACACACUGCCAUCACCUCCGCAGCCUUUGCCUAUCUUUCAUGUUCGCUGAUGGCAGCCAUGGGAUACUCGACAGCCCAGCACUGUCCUGGAUCGACACCUUCCAUAAUUCCAUGCAGUUACGCAAAAUGAGGAUUGAGCUGCCUACUCAAGCCUAUUGGACCGCAAGACACUGUUGGCCCGAGAGCCAUUGUCAGUCGAUGGAGAGCUAUCCGCUUGAAGAUGCAAUCAACGGAGCGCUGUCAGAGUGGUUAUGGCGGUCUUUGGAUGACGAAAAGCCUAUAGUACAGAUUAGGUCUACUGAACGCUAUCCGUAUCCUCCGCUAAAACUACCCGUGGCUGAAAACUGGAAUAUGAACCUGGAGAGCUCAGGUUACUGAAUUGCUGAGGGUGACCAAGGACCAAUCAAUCCACGAGUGUGCUUUUAGGUAGCCUUUCAUUGUAUACGCAUAGGUAUAAAGUAUAAUAGUAUUACCUUAUCAC